CCACUGCCUGCAAUGAGAAAGUCAGUGAGUUAGGUAACUUUGUUGGUUGGACUCGUGCAUUUAUUUGGUGUGAAUCAACUUGUAGGAUACAGCAGCUAGGAAAAUAGAAACACCUCUCUCUCCUCCUCCCCAGCAAAUGAUGCCUAUGAGACAAAGUCCAAAGGGGACCAAAGUAAACUGCUUCUGGAGAGAGUAAGGUGCUUCUGUGUUAUAGUUGCACAGUCUGUUCACUGCACGAGGGCACUUGGCCAUAGGCCCAGGUGAGCAGGAUGAAAAUCUUGCUUAUACUCAAUGCCAAGCCACAUACAAAGGCCUCCCCAGAGAAAUUGUGGGGCCAUUAUGGACAGACAUGGGAAAAUUCUGGAAGUGUAGCAUGCGUGGGAUUAUUUUCAGGAUCCGAGGUCUGUAGUGAUUUUGCUUCCUGUGAUUAUGGACUGAGAUGUCCUAAUAGGACCAGAGAUACACAUUGUGAGAGGCAUGGGAAAUGGCGUGAAUCACUAAUUGUCUGCAUAUGUGUUUCCUCCAAGGCUCUUCUUUAACUCUGCUGCAUAAGAGAUGUUCAAUCCAACGGGAGAAUCAGGGCUUUUUCUGGAGAAGGCGGCCACUUUGGCUUCGGGACAUGUACAGACCUCUCAAUGCCACACGGAAGAAAAACAUGGCACAGAAGCUACACGACAGGGAUUCUUCUGAUGAGGAUGAGAUUUUCAACAAGGAACCAGGAGAGAAAGGUGGUGCCCCAGUAGAGAAGCCUCGGGCUGCAGAUUCAGCUGCUGAAGACCUGGGUGAGGAGAGCGACAGUGAACUCCGCACCGUCAUCGUCCUCAAGUGACUUUGUCCUGCCUCAGGCUGUCUAUAAAGUUUAUUUUUAUUAAAAAAUUUUUUAUU